GGAUAUCAUAUACACAACAUGGCGAUCUCUUUCGGUACGAAGGUUGCCGCCGCCGUGACGGUUCUGCUUGCCGUCAUUCUGGGCGAGAUGUAUGUCUUGUCUCUCCAUUGGGAAAGAAAGGCAAGACUGUUGAGAUUGCAGUUUGUCAUUUUUAUACAAGCUAUCCUGAUUCUUCUCUCCAGAUUUGUGUGGAAUAACUUCUCGACCGUGUUCGAUAAGCCGACACGGAAGGAAGGACUGAGACAUGUCAAAUACUCUGAUAAAGAUCUUCAUCAGAUGGACGUGAUUCAACCUGAUCUCAAGAAGUGGACAAUAUGGAGGAUUUUUCUUAUAACUUACUUAGUAUUAUGUCAUGUCAGUUUCUUAAUGAACUUUUAUUUCAUAGGUCGAGAACCAUAUGUUAUAGCAUACAGUUGUAAUGCCGCACUGGGGCUAUUGUUACAGAUAGUGACAGGUUUAGUAUUUGUGAAGGUUAUUCUAUUUUGUUUAAGAAACAUUUUAAAAAGCAAUCCAGUCUUUUCAAAACAACGAGAAUUGCAGCUUGUACUUAUUUAUGCUAUUCUUUGUUGGACGUAUGGUCUCUAUAAUGCUGCUACUGCUCCUGUUGUGAAAGAAGUCCCCAUUCCAGUCAAAGGAUUGCCUGCAUCUCUUGAUGGAUUGAGAAUUGUGCAAAUAUCAGACAUUCAUCUAGGACCAACUGUUGGAAGAUGGAGACUUACUCGUAUAGUAAAUAUCAUUAAUGAGUUGGAUGCAGAUGUUGUUGUGAUGACUGGAGAUCUCGUAGAUGGAAGUGUUGCAAGCCUCAGGGAAGCAGUGGAACCUGUUAAGGAUAUUCAGGCCAAGUUUGGGAAAUAUUUUAUAACAGGCAAUCAUGAGUACUAUACAGGUGAUGUAGACAAUUGGUUCUCUCACCUCCGUGGUCUCGGCUUUAUUGUAUUACAUAACAGCAAUGUCAAACUUCCCAGUGAGAAACCCGCCAACCAACAAAUUUGUCUUGCUGGAACAGACGACAUUGAUGCUUUAAGGAUAGGGUAUGGUGAUCAUGGGAUGAAGCUUGAUGAUGCUCUGGGGUCAUGUGAUCCAAGUCAGCCAGUAAUUCUGCUUGCCCAUCAGCCGAAGGCAGCCAAGACUGCUUUGGACUCCAAAUACAGAGUUGAUGUUGUCCUGUCAGGUCACACUCAUGGAGGACAGUUCUUCCCAGUGAUGAUUGGAGCAUAUUUAUUUAAUCCCUUUUUUUACGGAUUGUAUCGCUAUGGCGAAUCUAGUCAUGUCUAUGUGUCGAUGGGUACACAGUAUGGGGGCAUCCCAGUCAGGAUCGGAACAACCAUGGAAGUCACAAACAUAAUACUCAAGCAAGCUCUGUGAUAUUAUACAUGUAUGGGUAGAUGUUUUCAGUUAAUAUUACAUGGAUAAAAUAUUGAGAGUGUGUCGUGUGGGAAAGUUCUGGUGAGAAUUAGGAGUCACAAAUGAAGGUUUAGAUGUUUAAAACAUGGUUAAAAAAAUUUUUUCAAAAUAUUUGGCACAGACUCAUAUUGUUCCAGUGUAGUAAUUCGUUGGUUUGUUGUUUAACGCCACACUCUCAUUGGUUGCCUUUCACGACAAGCAUUGGUUGCUGAAGACCAAUUCUAUCCCGGAUCUUCACGGGUAUCCACUGUAGUAGUGACAGUACAUGUUACAACCAGUAGAGAUUUGACAUGUCACGUAUGCAAUUAUGAUACAAAUGUCAUUACUCAGCAUAUAAUGGAUGACAUUAAUCUCAUAUGCCAUUAUGUGCCUCUUUUGUUUACACAUUCAUAAGACCAUGACAUUAGAUUGUUUCAAUAAUUGACUAAACUUUGUUUUAUUGCAUUUUGUGACUUUGACAUUUUAUUAUACAUUCCAUUACACUGCAAACUAUGUCACCAUGAGAAUAUCUUGUACUUGACAAUUGAUAACAAUAUCAUUAGAAUUUGGU